AUGAAUAUGAUUUACUCCAAAAGACUAGCACCAGAACAUCCACUUCCUACUGCUUACAAAGACUCAUGGAACGCGCUACAAGGAGUCCAAGCUAGAAGCGAGCCAUGGAUCAACGACUAUGCCGAUUUCAACCGGUUCUUCCUAGUCGGGGACAGUGCAGGAGCUAACAUCUCGCACCAUCUCGCAUUCCGAACCAAACAGUGGGACCACACUGUCAAAAUCAAAGGCUCAGAGGUCUCAGACCAAGCAAGGAAACAAAUGGUGGACGGAUGGUGGCAAUUUGUGUGCCCGUCCGAUAAAGGAUCCGAUGACCCAUGGAUCAAUCCGUUUGUGGAUGGGUCGCCGAAUCUUGAAGGGUUAGAGUGUGAGAGAGUGAUAAUUACGGUGGCGGAGAGAGAUAUAUUGAGAGAAAAAGGAAAAAUGUAUUACGAGAAAUUGGUGAAUAGCAAUUGGAGAGGCAAUGCCGAGAUUAUGGAGACAAAAGGGAAAGAUCAUGUGUUUCAUAUAUUCGAGCCUGAUUGUGAUGAAGCUAAGGAGAUGGUACGCCGUUUGGCUUUGUUUAUAAACCAAGUCGAAGCUUGA